CUGUACCUGACACUUCCUCUUCCGGGUCGAGCUUCCCUUGGAGGGAACUAAAUGGGUAGAAGUUUCCUGCGUGGUAUCUUAACACUGUUGUCGCUCCGGUCAGUUCUCCAACCCCAGCACCGCAUGCUUGGCUCAGAGCCCGAUCCGCCCACUAAAAGACCUCGCAACAACCUCAUGGCACCUCCCCGAAUCGGGACGCACAACGGCACCUUCCACUGCGACGAGGCGCUGGCUUGCGCGUUGCUCCGCCUCCUGCCCGAGUACCAGCUCCUCCUUCUGUGUCUGCAGAACGCAGAGAUUGUGCGGACACGAGAUCCUGAAAAAUUGGCUUCGUGUGACAUCGUGGUGGAUGUGGGCGGCGAGUACAACCCCCAGAGACACCGUUAUGAUCAUCACCAGAGGACUUUUACAGAAACAAUGAGUUCCCUGUGCCCUGGGAAGCGAUGGCAGACCAAGUUGAGCAGUGCGGGACUUGUUUAUUUGCACUUCGGGCAUAAGCUCCUGGCCCAGUUGCUGGGCACUAGCGAAGAGGACAACGUUGUAGACACCAUCUACGACAAGAUGUAUGAGAACUUUGUGGAAGAGGUGGAUGCAGUGGACAAUGGGAUCUCUCAGUGGGCAGAGGGGGAGCCUCGGUAUGCACUGACCACUACACUGAGUGCUCGGGUUGCUCGGCUUAAUCCCACCUGGAACCAGCCCGACCAAGACACUGAGGCAGGGUUCAGGCGGGCGAUGGACCUGGUACAAGAGGAGUUUCUGCAAAGACUAAAUUUCUACCAGCACAGCUGGCUGCCAGCCCGGGCCUUGGUAGAGGAGGCCCUAGCCCAGAGAUUCAAGGUAGACUCAAGUGGGGAGAUAGUGGAACUCGCAAAAGGCGGAUGCCCUUGGAAGGAGCAUCUAUACUACCUAGAAUCUGAGCUGUCCCCCUCAGUGGCCAUCAUCUUUGUUAUCUACACUGACCAGGCUGGACAGUGGCGAGUCCAGUGUGUACCAAAGGAGCCUCACUCAUUCCAAAGCCGGCUGCCCCUGCCUGAGCCAUGGCGGGGACUCCGGGAUGAGGCCCUGGACCAAGUCAGUGGGAUCCCUGGUUGCAUCUUCGUCCAUGCCAGUGGCUUCAUUGGUGGGCACCACACUCGAGAGGGUGCCCUGAACAUGGCCCGUGCCACCCUUGCCCAGCGCCCAGCACCUGUGCCUCUUGCAAAUGCUAUAGUCCAAUAAAGCAUAUUCAUCUCUAACUGA